CUUGUUCACUGUCAAUCGCUGGUGAUGAGAUGGGAUAGAUGGCCCAAGCGCGGACUAUCCCAUCACAAACCUACUAAUUACUGCCUCGCGGACGCCUCUCGCCAAACGCUGUGGCACUGUCCUGCGUCCUCUCCAGGACUUCCUCAGCCAGACACGGAAUACAUCCUAUACUAUCGUCACCUCAAAGAAAGUAUAGAAGAUUCCUCAUGAGAGCCUCUUCUUUCGCCUUCACCUUCGGAGUCAUGAAUCAAUGAUCACUUAAGCAAAAUCUUGAAAGGCUGUCGGCUGCAUCUUGUUAGGCCAUAGACAUGGCAAAUAGAAUGCAUUCGCAGCCUGGCAGCAGACAUGAUCCUAUCGAGGUCGAAGAUAGUGACGAAUAUGAUGACCACCCAACGCUAUCCUCACAUCGAGAGCCCUACGUCCCAGCACGCGUUCGACUUGGGAAUAGUCAUCAGCUUCCCAAUCACCAUUCUGGUAUCGGACUUCCUUCUCUCAAGGACGCUAUAUUAUCCGGCGAUAAGUGCCCACAUCAAUUCCAAAGGCCUUCGACGUCUCAAAAUGUCAUCAACUUGCUCGAUGGAGACAACUGUAAGGUUGAACAGAAUCUGAAAACCUACAAUUCCACCGUGAAAUUGCCAUGGCGAACACCUACAAAAUCCACUGUUCAAUUUGAACCACUUAAGACCAAUCAAAGCCACGAGGUUCCGAAACGAGGACCGGCCAUAGAUGUUGUAGGUGGUACAAAAGUCCCCCCACCAUCUUAUGUCCUCAAUCAAGAUGGUGGCACACGCGAAUUUUCGGUUGCUAGCAUGCUCAAUGUCGAGAAACUAGGACCUGCAGGUGAUACAAUGCAUGUUGCAUAUCACAGCCGUACAGAUGACCGCAGAGAUCUCGAUCAUCAUCGUCGUCCACUCAACGGCACGCACCAGCACGUGUUACAAGCAUCUCACCAACACCAACACCCGGAACGUUUGAGAAACAUAAGUGAUAUGGGCAGCACUGUGUCCACAUCGAAGCCAAACAUGGCAUUGCAUGGUGCCGAGAGCAUCGUUACGUCGACGCUCUGUACGUCGCUCGGAACUACUGUGCAAGUCGACGCUAGUACAUUCACGAAGGGCGACCCCAUCAGGAGCAACGGUGGUACUGGGACAAGCGCAGAUCGAACUAGCAAAGCAUACUCAGACUUAACGUCUCGACCACUCGUUACCAACAAAGCUGGAGAUAACAUUCAUGAACUGAGGGAGACUCUGGAAAUGAAGACGCGAGCAGCACACAAACAUGUGGAUGCGCUAGCUCUUGCUAUCUCUCAGAGAGAGCCCCCUGUAAAAGGAACACCUGCUUUCACAGGGGCAAAAUCUAGAACCGAUAUUGAAAAUCUUGUUCACAAGCACGUUACCGAGCUCCACAAGACUCAUGCUUAUUCUAUAAAGCAUCUCCUACGCAGACAGCGCAUGACUCUCGCCCGUUCUUCGAAGAUGCCGUGCCGUUCUCAACUUUCCGACGUAAGCGUUAGGGCUCAAGAUGGGGAAGAAUCAGGGCAAUUGGAUCCAUUCUGCAACAUGAAACCCAUUUCUGUCGCCAAGGGAAACGUUAAGUCGCAACAGAAGAUGAUGACCUUCAAUCAACUAAGAACAGAUGGAAGCAAAGCAGCCGAUAUAUCAGCUCCUGUGACGAAGUAUCGAACGGAUGUGCCGAAGUUGCCUACGUAUAGGCAGCAUGUUCAACUGCAAACCAGCUUUCUCCAAGUGAACAACGACACUUUGAGCUACUGGCCUCUCUUCAUUGAUGACCCCGAUAAGCGGGCUUUCGACAGAAAAAUAGAAAAAAACUACAAAUGCACACAUGCGCUCCACCCUCUGCAACAUGUGGAACUGGAGAGAUGUCGCAUUUACACUCCUUAUGUCAAUCAAAUCGUGGAGUCUAUCGGUACAAGCUGGGAAGCAAUUUUGUACUGGUAUUUGGUUCCAGAUGAAUCUGUACAAGGAAUUGGGCGUGAAGUGAAUAACUUGAGUGGAGAAUACUUCAGACGUAUUAUUGAGGAUCGCACAGGGGAUAGGCGUAUCAUGGAUCAAGGCAGGAACAAGACAAAGUGGAGGAAGGUUUUUGAACGUUUAUCGCAACCGUCUCCCACGCAUUUGCAAACGGUAGCAAUAUGCGCCACAAGCUUCUUACAAAGGACUGGUUUCAGUCUCUGGCAGCUAGUACGGUACAGUCCAAUCUUGAGCAAUCACAUUGCAAGCAUAGUCGGACCAGCUACCCAACCUGAGUUCUCAUACAAGAAAAAUCUUUGUCGCGUCUGCUUCCAGUAUCAAUGCCAGUAUCACGGUGAAGUUCGAGAAGUCGUCGACUCGGACAGUGACGCUACGGAUCUGGAAGAAUCAUCUUCAUCUGACUCGAGUAGCGAAGAGGAGGGUAGUCAGUAUUCCGCCCAAGGAUCAACAAAGAAUCUGGCAAGGGAUGUUGCAGGUCGGCAAGGCAAUGAAUGCGAUAUCCAAGACGAUACAGACGUCGAGACUGUAAUCAAUUACAGGCGAACGCCAGGUCUUCAUCGCGUGAAGCGGCCUGAUGCAGACGCGACCGACAGCGAGAAAGCCCUUCCGAAAUUUGACCGUAAGCUUUGGCAGAAAGGCAAAACUCACCGACUGGAUGUACGAAAGCCUUUCCUGCCGUGCGAUCAUGAAGGUCGCUGUGAGGAUGCCUUGUGCCGUUGCUUUCGCCAAAAUGUCAUGUGUGAAAAGAGCUGUGGGUGUUCAGUCUCAUGCUCCAGACGCUAUCGUGGCUGUAAAUGCCGAAGCCUGGGAAAUGGACGCCCCUGCGGUGUCAGGUCGUAUUGCGACUGUGUACAAAUGAACCGGGAGUGUGAUCCGGACUUGUGUGGAGGAUGUGGAGCAGCCGAAGUUCUCGAUCCUUUAAACCGAGACAACGACGACAUUCUCGACCAUCGGUGCAAUAAUGUUAGCAUUCAACGGAAUGUUCCUGCAAAGACUCUUCAAGGGAAGUCUCCAGUACAUGGCGUCGGGCUUUUUGCGGGCGAGGAACUUAAGAGAGACAGUUUCAUCGGCGAAUAUAUCGGUGAAAUCAUCUCUUACCCAGAGAUGAAAAGGCGCAACUACAUCUACAAGCCGCUUAAGAUGUCCUAUUUGUUUAAAGAAAAUAAAAGCCAAGAUGUAGAUGCGAUGCGCGCCGGUAACAAGCUCCGCUUUAUCAACCACGCCGAAGAAAGCAAAACAAACUGUUAUCCAUGGGUCAAGUUCUGCAACACAACUUUCCGAAUUGGCUUCUUUGCGAAAGAGAACAUGAAACCUGGGACCGAAUUGUUCUUCUACUACAACUGGUCAGAUGAAGUUACCGAAGGCUACAAGCAGCCUAAUCAAGAGCACGACUCUGAAAGCAAGAUUAUGGCUGUCAAAACCAAAAAGGGCGUUCCACGGGCUCCAACAGGCCAACUUCAGAAAGGAAUGUUGCUCGGUCCCCCAAGUUCAAAGGCAAGAAAGCACGGCUCUGGUGUUUCGCUGCGUCCAAGGUCACUCCUAGAGAGUCAAGAAAGCAAUGACUUGUGGCCGCCCAUGCCAUCUUCAGAUAAAGAAGAUGGUGAUUGGGGAGCGGAACAUAGAGGCGAAGAAAAUAGAUAUGCCGUCUCCAGUAAACCCAAGAGGACGAGUAGAAGGGCCCGAAUCGAAAGAGACGCUGACACAGACGAUGACAUCCCCCUAGUGCCUGAAUCUCGCCGUCGGCGUUGGCCUACAAAAAGGAAGCGGGAGGCAGAUGAUGACGAUGACGACGAAGAUGAGGAAUGAACAUAUAUCCAGGCAAGGUCUUCGUCAAGACGGCGCUUUAUCAUAGCGCUGACCGAAAUGAUACCGUAACGGGCUCUAAGAGGCCUCUAUGAGUCCAACCCUUGUGAAUAUCAGCUGGAAAGCCGAGCGCUAAGUAUACCCAUCAGGAGUACGAAUCCAAAUUUACAACAUCUGAUAAUAGCGUGCCUUCAUUGAUCAUUGGGUAUCACAUAAAUUCUAUCUAGAGUUACCAACAAAUCAUGGUCUUAUUAACGC